AUGGUUGAUUUCCGGAAAAAAUUAAGCGGAUACCGGAAAAAGAUACUGCAAAAACUACACUUGUCAAAGGAACAAAGAAAAGAGCUUGUAGAAAGACUGAAGAUGUUGAAAAGGAAAACUAUUGAUAAAGUUUUACCGACGGGAGACUCGAUUGAAGAGAUCAAUAUAAUGAGCAAAAUUGCAGGCGCACUCUUCCAGGGAGAUAUGGUCCUUUCGAAGGAGCAACAAGAACAAGUUUUUGCGGACAUUACCGAAACCCGUUCCAAACGGCAAACUAUGUAUGAUAGAAAGUACCCUGGUAGAAGAUGGUCUACAGGGGUUUCCUACUUCUUCGACCAGAGUGUAGAUGCCAAGAUUCAAAGCGUCUUCAAGAAAGCUACACAACAAUGGAUGUCUGAUACAUGUAUCAACUUCAUGCAGUCCAAAUCCGCGGAAGACAGCAUUCGAGUGUUUGCGGAGGACGGAUGUUGGUCCUUCGUUGGUAAACGUGGUGGUGUGCAGAAUCUAUCUCUGGGCCAAGGCUGUGACACG